AUGAAGUUAGACGCGACGGAUGUGCGGUACCUCUCGUCGGAAGAGUUUCGCGUCUUGACGGCGGUCGAAAUGGGCUCCAAGAACCAUGAGGUGGUACCUUCCUCGCUCAUUGCGCAGAUCUCGUCGCUGCGGCAUGCUGGUAUCAGCAAGCUGCUAUCGAAUCUGGCCAAGCGCAAGUUGGUGGCGCGUGUGCAAAACAACAUGUACGACGGAUACCGCCUCACGUACGGUGGCUACGAUUUCCUGGCGGUACGUGCGCUCAGUAAGCGGAAGAGUGUGUACGCCAUCGGCAACCAGAUCGGUAUUGGCAAAGAAAGUGAUAUCUAUAUCGUCUCGACCGAGGACGGCGAAAAGCGGGUGCUGAAAAUCCACCGCCUGGGCCGUAUUAGUUUCCGUAAAAUCAAGGAGAAGCGCGACUAUAUGGGCAAGCGGAAAAGCGCCAGUUGGAUGUAUAUGAGCCGACUCGCUGCGGAGAAAGAAUUCGCUUUCAUGAAGAUUUUGUAUGAGCAUGGAUUUCCUGUCCCCACCCCAAUCGACCAGGCACGCCACACCAUCCUUAUGAGCUACGAGGAUGCAUACCCCUUACGACAGAUAUCGUCGCUUCCGUUGGAGCAAAUUCAAAAGCUGUACGCUGCGCUUAUGGCGCUGAUUGUACGCCUAGCCCGAGCAGGUUUGAUUCAUGGUGACUUUAAUGAAUUCAACUUGCUGAUCCGUGAGAUUUACCCUGAUUCAGAGUAUGAGAGCGACGAGGCGGACAGCGCGAACGACGACAGUCCCGCGGAUACGCCCAUGGACCCUGUCGAGAUUUUGGAUCAUGGGCGUGUCGAGCAAGGCAAGGGCGUCCAGCGUAUUAUUGCCGAUCCCAUUGGGCCUGAUGAAAUCAAAGAAAGUGACCAAGACGACAGCGAAGACGACGACGAUGUGAUUGAGCUAGGCGACGGCGUCCAAGUCGAGCCGAUCCUGAUCGAUUUCCCCCAGAUGGUCAGUAUUCAGCACCCCAAUGCCGACUACUAUUUCAAUCGCGAUGUCGAGUGUGUGCGCCGUUUCUUCCGAAAGCGGUUCCGCUUCAAUUCCAGCGAGUUCCCGAGGUUUGAGGAGGUCAUGGCUUCGAUCGACAAGGACGAGACGCAGCGUCUCGAUGCCCUCUCGCGCGCUAGUGGGUACGGCGAGACGACGAAGGACGAUAAGAUGCUGGAAAGCAAAUGCCCCCACCUUCACGAAUCCGACUCGAUUGGCGACGAGGAGGACGAGGAGGAAGAGUUUGGCCGCAGCAGCUUUUACGACGACGAGGACAGUGAUUUGGACGAAGAUGGCUCGGAAGGCCCUGAGUCCGAAGAAGAAGACGAUGACGAUGGCGCUGUCGAGGAUCCCAGCGACGUAGGCGAUGGCGCUACGUCGGCCACGCCGAAGCGCUCGCAACUUGAUCCCUCGCAUGUAUCGUCCCGCGUCGCAGCGGCGCGUGCGCAUGCGCAACGACGCGCCCAAAAGCAUCAUGGCCGCAAGUCGCAAGCGACCAAGACAGGCCGCCGGCAUGGCGGCGGCAAGGCCAAGUACAACAGUUCACGCGCCGUGGCCGAUUCGCUGAGCUUUUAG